AUGCUUGCCACCGUAUUUCGUCGCUCGGCCCAGGAGGCGUCCGCCGCCCCCGGGUUGCACGCCAUCGCCCCUGUCGCCGCCAUUGAGCGGGCAGCGCCGUACACGCGCUUCAACACACUUCGACUUCACGCUCAUCACGAACCCAACUUCCGCGCGCAGCCGGCCGGCUGGCGCGGGUGGACAGACCCGAAACUGCAGGACCCGUAUGCGCCCUUCAUGCUGCAGUCGCCGGUCCGCCACGUGGACCGGCAGUGCGCGGGGAUGUGGUUUGGCAUGGGUCACUUUGCGCUAAAGAACUUCUUUGGCAUCUGUCACUGGCGCUUUGCCCUGCGGAUAGCCUUCUGGGGCGUGGGCGGGUGGGCCUUCUCUCUCGGCACGUACGCGCUUCGCAUGCACCGCAACGGAUGGCAGUGGAAGAACCGCGGUGCCGUCUUUGCCAUGGAUUAA